CAAUCAGAUUAACGUCCGACGCUCCUGGUGUUUUGUAGUUGCUAUGGCAACAGGUUUUCGCCGACUUCCUGAGCAGAGUGCGAGAUUCGUGUGUUUUUAAAGAAAUUAAAGCAUAAAAUAAGGUCUUGUGUGUGGCCCUGUGUUUACAAAUGGAGACAUCCUUCCAGACUGCAGGAGCCAGGGGACUGUGGAACAACCCUAGACCCCCACGGUGCAGCAAGGAGACCCAGGAAAUGCUGAGAUUGAGGAAAGAAGAAUCAAGGCUUAUAUGCCUCCAGAGAAAACAGAUCAACAGAUCUGCAAAGUUUUUGCCUCAGACUUCUAAUCCUGGACCAUCUUCUCCUUUGAGUAAAUCUGCUCAGCCUGGAAAGUCUCAGAGACGCAGUGCUGAAUCCUGUCGGGCUGGGAACAGCUACAAGAGAGAAACGUUUCACCCUGGUCCCAUACGAGAUUUGGAGAAGGAGAAGAGGAGGCUUCAGAAUAUCUUGGCAACAGGACAUGAAGAACCUACAACUGGAUCGCCUAGAAAAACAGCUGAAUGUUGCAAAUCGGAUGAAUCAGAGGAGACGGAGCGCUAUCAGGAAGUUUUAAAUGAAAUAGAAGAAAGGAGACAGUUUCUAGCAGAUAUGGCAGCUUUGGGCCAGGAGCAGCAUUACGUCAACAUUAUAAAUGCUGAGAUAUCACAGAGGAUUCGUGAGCUGGACAUUCUGGAUCAGGCUGGCAGUCCCAAGCAGAGAAUAAACAACUGAAUAUGACUUCAGGGGAUAAUGAGAACUGACCAGGGGACUUUGCAAACUCCUUCAGGCCUAAUUUUACAGAAAGAAUCAACAUAUAGUUUUGAAUGUUUGGAACCUGUCUCAGUUUAUACAUUAGUGAAUAAAAAAACGAACAAAUAUUAAAUAAACUCAGUUUAUUCUUCUCCCUA